UUAGACAAAUUUCUGAGGGUUCGAAGCUGUGGUGAAAAGCUGAAGCAGCCAUGGCGAAAGCCGCCGCAACCUCAAUCUCCAUCGCGCCGGAAUUGCGCAGGUUGUCUCUCACCAGGACCGCAGCUUCUUCGUCUUCGUCUCUUCGGUUUGGUCAAUUCGGAUCAACAUAUGGUGUCCGAAACCGUAGCCUUCGCAUUUCCGCAGCUUCCAUGAGCACCGUGGCUCCGGAGAAAAUCUCUCCGGCAUCUUUCCUUCAUCAGAAGGAAUCUGGAGUUCUUCAUUUCGUCAAGUACCAUGGCCUCGGCAACGAUUUCAUCAUGGUUGAUAAUAGGGAUUCUUCGGAGCCUAAGGUUACCCAGGAGCAGGCGGUGAAGCUUUGCGAUCGGAACUUUGGUGUUGGUGGCGAUGGAGUAAUCUUCGUGAUGCCGGGGAUCAAUGGCACUGAUUACACCAUGCGGAUUUUCAACUCCGAUGGUAGUGAACCAGAGAUGUGUGGCAACGGUGUUCGAUGCUUUGCCAAAUUCAUCGCUGAGCUUGAAAACUUACAAGGAAAGCAUAGUUUUACGGUACAGACUGGUGCUGGCCUUAUCAUUCCGGAAAUCCAAGAAGAUGGGCAGGUUAAAGUUGAUAUGGGUGAACCGAUCCUUAGAGCACAAGAUGUACCAACAAAGUUGCCAGGAAACAAAGGUGAUUCUGUUGUUAAGGCGGAGCUAGUUGUUGAUGGAGUAUGCUGGAACGCGACGUGUGUUAGCAUGGGAAAUCCUCACUGUGUCACAUUCGGCACCACUGGAGCUCAGAAUCUGAAAGUUGAUGAAUUGAACUUGCUGGAGAUUGGUCCAAAGUUUGAGCACCAUGAAGUGUUUCCAGCUCGGACUAACACAGAAUUUGUGGAAGUCUUCUCGCGUUCUCAUUUGAAAAUGCGUGUGUGGGAGCGUGGGGCAGGAGCGACUUUGGCCUGCGGAACUGGAGCUUGUGCUGUGGUUGUGGCAGCAGUUCUCGAGGGUCGUGCUGACCGGAAAUGCAGGGUGGAUCUACCAGGAGGGCCAUUGGAGAUAGAGUGGAAGGAGGAAGACAACCAUAUAUACAUGUCUGGUCCUGCAGAGGUUGCCUUCUUUGGAGCAGCUCCACUCUAAUCUUGUCUGUGUUCAAGUCUCCUGGCUUUGCCAUGUUGUCUUUUUAGUCUGUUCUUUUGUAAUUCUUCUCUCAUGAACUAUAAAGCUUGAAGCUUUUUCAUUGUAUCCAUCUCAUGCAUUUUGCUUUGUGGAGCUGUGCCAAUACAUUACUCAAUCUCAACCCACUUCUUCUUUUUUUCCUUCUUUUGUAGGGAUGUCAA